AUGUCUCCCCCAACAGCAACAGACCCCGUCAGCGUUCAGCCGCAACAGACCCAACAAGCCAGCGCCGAAAGCUCCAAAAUCAAGAUGCCCAUCUCCCAGAUGAAGCCUCCCUCUUUCGACGACAAGUACAAAGAGCGGGAGUACCUCAAGGGCCGACUGGCUGCUGCGUUCAGGAUUUUCGGCAAGAACGGUUACGAUGAAGGCGUCGCAGGCCACAUCACCCUCCGCGACCCUGUCGACCCCUCCGCCUUCUGGGUAAACCCCUUCGGCGUCGCCUUCUCGCUGAUCAAAUCCUCCGACCUGAUCCUCGUCAACCACAACGGCGAAGUCAUCGACGGCGGACCGUGCAGACUGCUCAACGCGGCGGCGUUCAUGAUCCACUCUGCUAUCCACGCUGCGCGCCCGGAUGUGCUCUGCGCGGCGCAUAGUCACAGCUUGUACGGACGGGCGUUUUGUGCGCUGGGCAGAGAGUUGGAUAUUACCACGCAGGAUUCGUGCGCUUUUUACAACGACCUCGUCCUCUACAAACAAUUCAACGGUGUCGUCCUAGCAGCCGAAGAAGGCAACAACAUCGCCUCCGCGCUGGGCUCGCGCAAGGCCGCCCUCCUGCAGAAUCACGGCCUGCUCACAGUGGGCGCCACCAUCGAGGAGACGGUGUUCUGGUUCGUCAGCCUCGAGAAGUGCUGCCACGCGCAGCUGCUGGCUGAUGCGGCGGCGGCCGGACGCGGUGGCGCGACGAUCAAGAUCGAUGAUGCUGAUGCGGCGUUCACUUAUAAGACUGUUGGGACGCCGAAGGCGGGCUGGUUCAGCGCGAAGCCGCUGUUUGAUGUGAUUUAUAAGGAGACGGGAGGGGAGUAUUUGCUUUGA